UCGGUACAGACGAACUGACGAACCGUCGGAGCCGACGGAGCCGACGGAGCGGCGGCGAGACGCGAGAGAGGUCGCGGCGCGGCGCGGAGGCUCACUACCGGUGCUGAAGUCUAGCGGAGCCGGGUGGGGUUAAAUUGUCUGUGGAGUUAAUGUGUCUGGGUGGUGUCUAGCCGCGAUAAAUGACGUGAAUGGGUGUCUAAACGGCUUCCUUUGACCGCCAGCACAGCCGAAAAGCCGACGCAGUGAACGGGUGAAGAGGCCGACCAAAAGGCUCCCGGCAGAAGCCGUGGAGAAGAGUGGAGUUUGCGAACAUGCCGCCGUGUUCCCCUACGAGGUAACAACCCUCUGAAGUCGCCAAACUGUGUGUCUUCUUGGAGAGGCAAGAGGUAAUCGCUGGAGUUAGGCACGUGAUAGGAAGGACACCCACAGGAGGAUAAAGACAACAGUAACAGCGGUCAGCGACCGACGGGCCGGCCAGGGCCGGCCGGACAGCAGCCAUGCGCGGUGUCCAGGGAGCAGCCCUCCGCCGCCAGCGCAGCCGGGAAGCGGCACAGAGGCGCGGCACCUCUGGAUCGCUGGUGGACCCCGGAGAAACCCGUACCAUCACUGAGCGCAUCACCGCGCCGGGAAGUAUUCUAUUCGGCAUCACCUUGUUCCACAUCGGCCUGGUGUUUCUUAUCAUCGGCUUCCUGAUUAUCAUCACCGCUAUGAUUCCCGGGAGUUAUGUGGAAUCCGGAGGAUCGUCGGAUAUGAUUGGCACGGGAUCGUUUUUCGUCUGUUUCGGUGGCGCGCUGACGCUACUGAAUAGAAUCCUCACGAAGAGAGAGGAGGAUUCUCUCGGGGAGUACGUCAGCUCACGGCUGGCUCGUUCGAAGAGCGGCGGGCGGCUCGUGCGGGACGCCGAGUCCGGUCUGACGCCGCAGAUUCCGCGACGCGCCGCCAACGCUGACGGCCGGAAAACGUCGCUGGCAGUGCCUCUGAUGGCCAGCCGCCGGAGUUCGCAGCUCACCCCGACUCACAGCUUCCACAGCUCUAACUCCGGCGCCACGCCCAACGAUGUGCACGUGGUGGUGAGCGAGGGUGAGAAGACGGCCCGCAAUGGCAAGGGCGCGCCGGGCACGGGAAAAAUGGGCAACAACGGCAGCACUGUCAGCACCGUGUCAGCGUCUCAAGUAUAGGUGGCGCUGCGGUCGGCGGCAGGUGGCGCUGGUGUUUCAUGUUAGACUGUUAUAGAGGACGCUGGCGACUGCUGCAGCUACCAGCUGAGAGAAACCGAGUUGCUGGGUGUGUAACAUUUUGCAAUGACUAAGUCACUUGACCAUUGCAGUGGAGUAGACUCAAGUUUCUUUACCAGCUUCAUCUAGAAGAGAAAUAGCUGUUAAGUGUUUAGCAUAGCCCAGAGCUUAGCCGCAGAUAAGCAAACGAACAAUUAUGUUAUGAUUAGAUGAAGUGAUGUUUCAAUGCAGGUAUAAAUUAGCAUUAGUUGCUCUUAUUUUGUAUACAAAAUAAAGCAGGUUUAUACAUAACGAUAGCCUAAGUUCAAUAUGCCAAUUGUCUUUCGUCUGUGCAAAUGGAAUCCGUCGCAUAAAAUGAUCUCAUUUUUUACGCAUGGCUAUUGGCUACGUUUUCAGCCAGGAGUGUGUAUGCCGAUUGCUGGAUUGCGCAAAUUUGACAUUCCAUCGCUGAGCUUCGAGAAACUCUAGUUUCCAAUCUAUCUUGUAAGCCACGCCAGCACUCCGUGAAGCAAGGCAUCUAGAUGUGAAGCACGGGGCGCCAUGAGAUCGCUGUGUGCCCUUCUAUGCCAUUUAAACCGUUACAGGUUGAGUUCUACGUGCGCAGUCGGCUGCGUGCCGUCCGCCUUUAUCUGAUGCACUCUGAGAGUCUCUACACGUUUGCGUGGCAAUAGUUUCGGGACGGGUCGUCACCCCGUUACCAUAGUGCGCUCAAUACGGUGGUGGGACGAUGACUUUGUCUACUCUGCACAUUCACAGCAAUAUUCCUACCGAGGGCAAGUGUUGCUGACCUUAUUGCUCGUUAUUUUACUACGAUCUAAUUAUAAGGCAUUCCAGUGUUUGUUUACUAUGUAUUGCACCGUGUUGGCCACCAGCACGUGUUUCCUGCGCACAACAGGUGACGACUUUCAGUGUUUCGAUUUUUGCGACGAUUUUUACCGUUUUCGAAGCGUGUUAGCUUGUAUCGCUAGACUGAUUUUCCAGUUUUUAUCUGCUUGCGUCUGUGGCACAUGGUUCGACUGUCGCGUGUUCUGUGACAGUGACACCUUUCGCGUUCUUGUUCUUACUGUGGCGUACGAAAAACCGUCGCGCGUUACCCGUGUAAGCUAAGACGUACCACAAUGUCGACAGCAUUCCACUUUGUACUUUUUCACCGAUCUCGCUUUUGCCAGCCUUUCCCAGCCCUUGACAAUUCCUGUCGGUUCCUCGAGCAGAAGAGUUUAGUCAGUCCCUGGUCCUACCAGUUUAGGGUUGAUGACUGCGAUUCUGACAGCUUUAACGUCACAGUUUGAAUCGCUAGGUGACCCGCCUCCACCGUUUUUCGCCAAUCUGCCUUGUACGAUUUCUCCCAGGGCCCCCCGAAAUGCCCGUGCCCGGAUUUGUACGCUGAUCAGGGCCCAACGUCUCGCAUCGGCCCCUAAUGCUGUGUUGCUCAGUUGCUGGUGCCCACGUGUGUCGCUAUACGCCGCUCGGUCUGUCUCAGUUACCCGCAUUUGCUACUGAUGAGCCCACGCCCAUAACGAACCAAUACAGAACACGAUAUGG